UGCUUUCAGUUUUUCUUUUCCUAACGUGUUAAACAAGUUAUAAAGUUUCUUCGGUUUAUAUUAAAAAAAAAAUUUUCGUAAUUAUUAAAAUAUUAAUUUUUUUAUAAUGAACAUUCAUUAAUAGUGCAACUACCACAAAUAAUAUUCUUUACAUCAAUUUAAUUAUUUAAAGAAACAUAAAAUAAAAAUUGGUUUAAAAGAUAAACAUGACUUUUAUUAAUUACCUAAUAAUAGUAACAACAUUUUUUUUAAUAACUCAAGUUCAUACGUACAAGAUUCUUGGCAUAUUCCCAUUGGCCUUCAAGAGCCAUAAUAUUUUUUUUCAAGCCUUAAUAAAGAGUUUGGCAAAAAAGGGACACCAAGUUGACAUUAUAUCCUACUACGAAGCAAAAAAUCCACCAGAUAAUUAUCGAGAUAUUAUUAACCUAUCAAAACUACCAAAUUCAAGUUACUUUUUGUCAAAAUCAGAAUUCAAUUCAAUUCAAGAAGCAGUUGAAGAAAGUGGAAGCAUUAAAAAACUAUUAAGAGAUACUUAUGGACUUCCGACUUGUAAGAUUAUAUCUCAUGAAAGAAUUCAAAAUUUUAUUAAAAAAAUUCCGGAAAAUUCGCCUUACGAUGCUGUCAUUACAGAAGGUUUAGUAGCGCCUUGCUAUUAUGGAUUUGGAUUUUUACUAAAUGUUCCUAUAAUAUCAGCCUCGUCGAAUUUUGAAUUCACGCCACUAGCGAAACAAGUGGGAAAUCCUCCAUGUAUGUCUUUCAUGCCAACAGCUUUACUGCCUAAAUUUCAUCUAAAAACAUUUUGGAAUCGACUCAGGAACAGUGUUCUAUCUUUUCUAAUUGAAAUAUUAUUUUUCUUAAUUAGUGAAAAACAAUCGAUAAUUAUGCAAAAAUAUUUGAAUAAGAAUAUUCCAUCAGUUAGACAAGUUGAAAGAACUGUUGCAUUAAGCAUUAUAAAUACUCACCACUCUUUACGAGGAGUUAAACCUGUAACAGAAGCUGUUAUCGAAAUUGCCGGACUACACAUAGAAGAAGAUAAUUCAACCCUAUCUAAAGAACUCAUGAAAUGGAUGGAUGAAAGUGUUCACGGAAUUGUCUACAUAUCAUUUGGAACUGCAUUACCACUCGAAAGUCUUCCAAAAGAAACUCUUUUAUCAAUGUUUUCCUCAUUCGCCAAACUCGCACCAAUGAGAAUUUUAAUAAAAGUAACAAAGAAAAAUAAAUUACCACCAGAAAUACCGGAAAAUGUCCUAACAAUGAUUUGGAUACCGCAAAUACCAAUUCUAAAACAUCGAAAUACGAGAGUAUUUAUUUCACACGGCGGUAUUCAUAGUGUUAUAGAAGCUCUUUAUUUUGGAAUUCCUGUUAUUGGGAUACCGAUUGUUUACGAUCAAGAUCAAAAUUUGCGUCUGUUGGAAAAUAAAAAUAUGUGUAUUAUAUUAGAUUAUGACAAAAUCACAGAAAAUAGUAUGGACAUGGCCAUUUCGAAAAUGUUAAACGAUUCAAGUUUUAGAAAAGCUGCCCAAUAUCAUUCAAAAUUAUUUCUAGAUCGACCAAUGAAUCCCGGAAAUGAAGCUGUCUAUUGGAUUGAAUAUGUAAUAAGAAAUGGAGGCGAAUCUUUACGAUCUCCGGCAGUGAAUAUGUAUUGGUAUCAAGUUGAACUUCUAGAUGUUUAUGGGUUUUUAUUCUGUUGUAUUUUACUUAUAAUUUGCCUCAUUUUAGUUACUGUUAAAGUAAUAUUGAAAAAGUAUAAAAUCAAUACUAAAACAUUCAUCAUAACUGAUGGUUUAUCUUCAAUUGCAAAAUCAAUGCUGUCAAUUUUCUUAAAAUUUUCACCAAAAUUAAAGUUCAAAAGUGUAUUAAUCUUUCAAAGUAGACAAUAGGCCUAGUAGACAAAACUAACAGAUACAUUAGUUAUUCUAGCUUUUCUAAAAAUAAUACUAGACUUAAAAAUUCAAAAUGUUUUAUU